CUUUUAAAUCACUUAACGACUUUUCAUACUACCUGAACUAAUAUUUGGAAGAAGCUAUCAAAUGUUUCGUACUCAAUUAGUUCGUCGUAUUUGUUUAGCGACUCCAUUGCGAUAUACAGCAACUCGUGGUUUCUGUUCAUCCAAAUUAUUCAUUGGAGGGCUUAAUUACGACACUAAUGAACCUAUUCUGAAGAAUGAGUUUGAAAAGUAUGGCGAAGUUAUAAACGUGAGAGUAAUAUGUGAUCACAAGAGCGGCAAAUCAAAAGGUUAUGGAUUUGUGCUGUUUGAUUCAGAAGAAGCAGCUGCAACUGCCUUAGCUUCCAUGAACAAUCAGUUACUCGAAGGCAGACACAUCAGAGUCGCAUAUGCUUGUCCUAAAGGAGGUUUACAUCAGAAUCAGAAUUGAUUCUCGAUUUCUGAACUCAACUGAAACUUUCAGAUAUAUCGAUGAAGCACCAUAACUCCAUUCACUCUUUCGAUUUGUAACUGUUUAGAACUCAAAGAAUCAUUUUGGUGAUGAGGCUUUUGUCGUUUUGUAAUGAUUGUGUGUGUCCUCUUCAAAGAUCUGGUACUGUGUUCAUAUCUGUUGUUGGUGUUUCUGCUUCAUUCGCAACUUCUACAAAUAUCAACAGGCC